AUGGAGAUUCGUGUUUCUUGUACACUGGCCAUCGCAAUCGGUAUUUUCACCGCUUGUUGGGCUCCCUUGAUUGUCGUUAUCUCUGGCAGUAUAAAUGUAAAACCACUUAUAAGGUCAAACAGCCCUUUGGGCAUGUGGAUUGGAACCCUGGCUCUGUCAAACUCAGCCAUGAACUUUCUGAUUUACUCUGCUAAAAUCCAGAACUUUAAAGAGGCAUACGUUAGUAUCAUACGAAAGAUGUUCCGCUUGUAGAGUUGUGGACUUUUCGCUAGUUGUUUAAAGAAAUUAAAAACUACUGUUUGAAAUCGCAGUUGAUCCUAAUGGUUAAUUUUUGUAAGGCAAAACUGACAUCUACACAUAUGGUUAACGGUCAGCGUGUACUAUUGGUUUAUAAAUACAGUUACAUGAAGAAUUGUCAACGACUGGAAGUAUUCGUUAUUAGCUAAUAGGGAGCAUAAACAACCACGACGACAACUUAACAGCAGAUAAAAGGUCAAUGAAACAAAAUGCAUUUACUCUCCUUCAAACUUAAUUGCGUUUAUUUAGCCAAAUUCUAAAAUAUACCAUUCUACAGUUGGGGACUUAGUACCCUCAGCUAGCCUUCGAGUGAAUGUGAGGCUGACGGCGACGUUGCUUUGAUACAAACCUUCUUUGCUCUCUCAUGGAAGUUGUCCUUGAAAAAUGCUAGUUAGCAUAAGAAUAACUUGAUUUACAGAACAAAGCAGGAAGGUUUGUACCAAAACAUGCAAGGUCAACUCCAAUCUCGCUUCCAUCCAUAACUGCAAAAUGGCUUAUUAAUAAUAACCUUUAUCUAUCUAUCUUUUAAAAAUAAAUACAAGGGAUUUACAAUGCUAUGAAAUGCUAUCAAGUGAUUAUUGUAAUAAAAAAGUAAGAAAAGUAAGUAAGUAAGUAAAAAUGACAGAUCAUUAAAGGAGUCUUGCAGCUAUAAAUGAAUUUGCAUGUCUUUGCGUCCCUGACUAUGUUAUUGCUACUGAACCUGGUUUGGAUGCUAAGUUAUAGCCGUGGCUGUUAUUUGGCUUGGUGAGAAAACUUUGAUUUGGAUGAUUAAUAUCAUUAACAAUUCUUUCUAAUUCACGUUUUGUCGCUACGUUGCACCUGUCCUCUAGCGUUGGAAGGGACUUUCUUGGUAUCGCGAUGAUAUCUAGGCGCCUGUUUUGUAUAGACUAAAGUUCCUCUGCAAGGUACUUUGGCAAAUCGCCCCACAAUGGGGAGGCAUUUAGAGAAGUGAGUGUAUUCUGGUACAACAUAUCGUGAUGCCAAUCUCUGUAGGUAGGUUCGCUUUCCUACAUUCCCUCAAAAAAUAGAAUCUCUUGCGUGCUAUUUUUACAGUCUGUUCAACAUGAUAAUUCCAACAUAGGUUCUCUUGUUGCCAUACCCCCAGUAGCUUAAACUUGGAUACCCUCUCCAAACACGAGUCAUUUAUUCGUAAAAGAUCCGGCUCAAUAGAGUUUUUGCAGAACGGUAGCUGGGGGCUAUUAACAAACAAAUCCAGCUGGGUCUUAAGUCCUCGGCGAAAGACUCCUUUCCAUUGACUUAGUUUACAUAAAGCCGGGUGUUAAUAAAGCGACUCUCUUGAUAAUAACCAAAUGUCCAGCUGCAAUCUGUGAGACACCUUGUCCACAACGACAUCACUAAACGUUUUCCCGACACUAUCUACUUCAAAAAGUAAAGCUAGACUUAUUCCUUAAACUGUUGGCCACUGCCCAAACUACCCGUUGAGAACAACAAACAACCCAACUUUUUGUUGUUGUUGUUCGAAAGCGCCCCAUUUGAAGAAAGUGCCUCCACAAUUUUGUCGCCGAUUGUUGCUUCAGUGGACAUGUGUAAAUCAUGUUUUUCUUAUAAUAAUGCUAACUUGUAUUUAGAAAAGGGAAGGAGGCCGGUUUGUAUCAAAACAAGGUUAACCUCAGUCUCACAUUCACUCAAAGACUAGUACACUCAGCCCACAACUGUAAAAUGGCCUAUUUAGCACAAUAUCACUGACAGGUGUAAUGACGCAACGCAAGUGAUUUGAUCUUGACCUUCGCAGAUUUGUAAGUGAAUAAGGCUGGACUUCCAAUUAAUAAAGCAAAACAAUAUAUUGAUAAUAAUAAUGGAGAUUUUAACAACAACAACAACAACCUUGUAACAACAGCUACUGUAUUUGCAAUAAUGAUGAUGAUGUCAAAUAAAUAAAUAAAAUGGACAUUUAGAAGUAGCGCAUCUUUUUAAUUAAGUGGUUCUUGAUCUACCAGAUUCCUUAUCGAACUGGUAUUUGAAAAUGUUGAUUUUUGAGGAGAGCGGAAAAUCGAAGUACCCGGAGAAAAACCUCUCGCAGCAAAGGAGAGAACGUACAAACUCAACCCACCUUAUGGCGUCGACGCCGGGAUUUAAACCUGAGCCUUACUGGUGUGAGGCCGCGAUUACUCUUAGCACUGCGCCACCCUUGCUACCCUGAUAGUGAAGAUACCUGGUUUAGUUGGCUUAGCUCAAGCGCAUCAUCCUAAUUUGUUCGACAUUUAAUUGAUCAUAUCUUCAGGUUAAGGCCAUGGUCUAAAUGGCAAAGAUUUUAAAACUUUUGCGGUAUUUUAUUAUUGCAAGAAAGCUUGUUAGAAGGCUAAUAUUUGCAGUUAUGGCUCUCAAUCUGACUUAUCUGAUUAUUGUUAUCGCAGUAUAAGAGUUUCAGAAUGUAUAUUCUGGCUCACGUCAGUAGACUAUUUAUAGGUACCUCUGAGUCAAAAUAAGUCCAAUAACGUCUGACUGGCGAGGUAGACAUAUUUUUAGAAUCUUAGUUGCGAGUUUUUCCCAUUUACUCGAGCUUAGAGUAAGUAAUCCUGAUUUUACACCGUAUGGUGCACCAGACCAUAAAAGAACAUGAACAAAUCAUCGGAGAACGCCAAGAGUUGUUCUCUUCCCAUGGCCCAUGGUAUUGCACUGAUCACAGUCAACGCUAUGGUGUGCAUAUUGGGAUCGUUUGGCAACUUACUCCUUUGUUUUGCCAUUGCCACUCACCCUCUCCUACGCCGAACCUCAAACUACCUUCUGUUAAGCCUAGCGAUCGCUGAUUUAUUAGUCACCUUGGUAUGCCAGCCCUUCCUUUUGGAAAUCUUCUACAAUCGAACAUUCUUUCACGAAUGCAAAGCAAGCCUGGAAAUGCCGUAUCGUCUCAUAGUCAACCUUUCUUGUUCCGCUUCAGUGAUCCACUUAGCCUCGAUCAGUUUGGAUCGGUUUAUCGCCGUUGCGUUCCCUCUUCACUACAAAAUUGUCAUGAAGAAAUGCGGACUUGUGAUUUUGCUCAUAGCUUCUUGGGCACUGCCGAUUUCAAUUCCUGUUUUGAUGGUUGUCCUUCCGCCGUCCUUUCCCAAAACGUUCAUGGCGAUGGCAUCGUUUUCCUUGAGCUACUUCGUCAUC